CCCGAACGCCGCCUGGGGAACUGGAGGAACUGGUUGGCGCCCAGUAAAGAGGCGGGGCCGGGGCGCAGGGGCUGGAGAGCUGCUGAUCCCCCCCCGCCCCGUUCCGGGCGGUGGGAGGUGCCCACGGCCCCGCGGGACCGGAGCCGCCCCCGGGAGCGCUGCCCAGCGCGGCCGCACGGACGGUACCUGGGACGGGACGGGACGGGCCGGGCGGGGGGUACACGGGCCCCCCGGAGCGUGCGGGAGACACUGGGGGGCUUCACACCCCGCUCUGCUCCCCGCAGCCCCAGCGCACGUGGAGGAGGGGACAUCUCCGUGGAAGAGGGGACAUCCGAGCAGGCGCCAUCUUGGUCUGACAUCUGACCACCCCAGAGAGGCCCGACCAACCGUCCUCUUCCUCCCCCAACCUCCUCUUCCUCCUCCAGCCUCCUCUUCCUCCCCCAGCACAGAGCAGCUGCGUAACCCGUGUGCUGUCGGUGCUGGCACAGACAGACGGACGUCCCUCGGUCCUGCCGUGGCAGCGGGAGGCGGAGGUGAGGAGCCAGCAAGGUGCCACCCAGUUGCCUUCGCGGUUUUCGGGGCGAUGGCCUAUGCCUGGAGCAGGAAGAACAAGCAGAAUGGGCUGGUGUACAACAUCCUCCGGGAGACGCUGUUUGGGGACCCGGAGGAGGAGUUGGGAGAGUUCUGGCAGUUCCGAAGCCCCGGUAAAGGCUGGUGGCCGAGCAGGACCCUGCGGUUGCCGUUUGGGAAGAAGCAGAUGUGGGAGGAACCUGGUGAUGGGCCCCCAGUGCACCUUCUGAUGUUGGCAGACGCCAGGAUGGAAGAGCGAUGGAAGAAAGAAUUCCCGGACGUGUGGGCGCGGGAUGAGACAGACUGUGGGCGUGUGGCCGGCGAGGUGGAGGUGAGCGGGAUGUCGGUGCCCUUCAAACCGCAGCCCUGGCUGUCAGCAGAGAUGGAGGAGGUGGCAGCGUGGAUACUGUGGAAGCUGGAGCGGGGUGGCGUGGUGGUACGAGGCACCUCUCCCUCCAACAGCCCCUUUAAGCUCAGCAAAAAGAGCGACGGGAAGACGUGGCGCCUGACGCUGGAUUGCAAAGCCAUCAACAGGAGCACCCCAGUGGUGGUGCCGCGGGUGGCCCUGGAUAGGACCAAGCUCGUCACCACGCUCAGCCCGCAGAGCAAGUGCUUCUCGGUGCUGGAUCUCUCCAACGCCGCCUUCGCCAUCCCCUUGGCGGCCAGUUCCAGAGCCAGGUUUGCCUUCACCUUCCGGGGCCAGCAGUACCUGUUCACCCGCCUGCCCCAGGGCUUCCACAGCACCCCCUCCAUCGUGCACUGGCGCGUGGACAAGAUGUUGUCCCAGCUGGACCAAGAAGAUAGAGCUUGGGUUUUAUCCUUUGUCGAUGACAUCCUCAUCGCCGGGAGAAACAAGAGGGAAACUGAAGCCCGAACGAAGAAAGUCCUGAAGCUGAUCCAAACAACAGGCUUUAAAGCCAAGUAUGAGAAGGCGCAGCUUGUGCAGCCCAAUGUGGUCUACCUGGGGAUGACGAUUGGCCCCAAGGGGCGAGGGAUCCCCCCCAGCAGGGUGGAGGCCAUCCAAAAAGCACCCUCCCCAUGCGAUAUCCACAAACUCUGCUCGCUGCUUGGCCAGUUUGCCAACCUGCAGGAUCACAUCCCCGAUUACUGGGAGCUGGCCCGGCCGCUCCAGCGCCUCACCCUGCAGCACGUCCCGUGGGAGUGGGGAGUGGAGCAGGAGCAGGCGCUGAGGCACCUCAAACGCGCCAUCCAGGCUGCGCCCCCCCUGCGCUUCCCUGAUAAAUCCCGGCCCUUCAUCAUCAAGUUGACGACCAACAAAGAGACGGUGGCGGCCACUUUGCUGCAGCAGGACGAAGAGGGGUGUCUGGUCCCGGUGGGACAUCACUCCCGCAUGCUGAAGGAGCGCGAGGUGUCCCGUCCGUGGCCGGAGAAGGCGUCCCUGGCGGCAGUCUGGGCCAUGCAGGCGUUCAAGACCCUCAUGGGGUCGGCCCCCAUCUGCAUCCAGAUGCCGCAUUCCCCGUGGAAAUGUCUUCUGUGGGGCGAAGGGUCAGGGUCCGGCGGGACAAACCUGCAGCCGGCACGGUGGACUCUGUGCCUGGUCAACGAGGGGCCGACCGCAAGGGGACCCCAAGCCGAGAGGGGCCUGGUCCCCACUGCUCCCCCGCUGCGGCUGCUGCUCCUCCACGUCCCCACGGCCAAUGUGUGGUUCGUGGCCACCAAGCAGGUUUCCUCCGUGGGCUUUGCCGCCGUCAACCUGGAGGAGCGGUGGCUGCUGGGGGUGGCCGAGGGCCACUCGGCGCUGAGCGCGGAGCUGCUGGCUCUCAGGGAGCUCAUGCGCCGUCACCGGUCCCCGGCACCGCUCUACGUGUACACCGACCAGUGGGCCUUGGUGAAAUCGCUACGAAGCCAUAUAAGAAAUUGGGAGCUGUGGCUCAGCUGCAGGGAGGGUUUGUGGCCGAGCAUCUGCCAGUGGGUCUGCGCCGAAGCGGGGAGGCUGCACAUCAGGUGGGUGGGAGGGGACAGGAGCGAGGACGCGGAGGGCAGGGAGUGGUGCCACAAAGCGGGCAGGAGGGCCGGGGCGAUGGCCGGCGGGGCCGCGGGCACACACUGGUUCUGGGAGCCCUCAAAGCACGAGAAGCAAGAGAUCAUCGCCCAGUGCCACGGGCGCUGGCACGAAGGGGUGCAGGGGACCCUGGAGAGGGUGCGGCAGGUGGCGUGCUGGCAAGGUGACAGCCAGCAGGUGAGCCUGUGGGUGCAGAGCUGCCUGCAGUGUGCCGCGGGCAGGGGGGCCACACGCAGGGUGCCCCCUCAGCGGGCAGAGGGGCUGUGGUCGCAGCUUCGCCUGGACUGCGUGAGCGGGCUCCCCGAGGGCGCCGGGGAGCCGUGCACCCUCCUGGUGCUGGAGGAUGAGUUUUUGGGGUGUCUGGAAGCCUUCCCGCUGCGGGAGAAGACGGCGGCCACAGUGGUCGAGGUGCUCAGCCGGGAGGUCUGGGCGCGGUAUGGGACGCCCAGUACCAUCCUCUUGCCGCGGGUGCCGCGUUUCCUGCGGGACGCCGUGCUGAGGCUGAUGCCGGAACGCGAUGUGUGGCCGGCGUGGAAGGUGGCGGAGGCCGGGAAGCCGGGACAGGGCGCCGCGGUCCUGCAGCGGCUGGCGCAGGCGGCUGGUACGGAGUGGGUCGGGAUGCUGCCCCUGCUGCUGGCGGCCGCCAGGGCCACGCGGGCACGGGCAGAGGAGAUGGGACCGUACCAGAUCACCUGCGGGUUCCCGGUGGAGAUAUGGUGGGGACGCGAGAGGGUUGCCGAUGGCAAGGUUCUUGCCUGUCUCAGGAGUCUGGAGGAAGAUGGGACCAGCUACAGGGGCUGGCUGGAAGCCACAUUGCGGGGGGGACUGCCCAGAGAGGGAUCGUAGAGUCACGGAAUAGUUUGUGUGGGAAGGGUCCAUUAAAGCUCCCCCAGUCCCUCCUGCCAUGAGCAGGGACAUCUUCACCAGCUCAGGGUGCUCAGAGCCCUGUCCAGCCUGGCCUGGGAUGUCUCAGGGAUGGUUCAUCUACCACCUCUCUGCCCAACCUGGGCCAGGCUCUCACCACCCUCAGCACAAACAAUUUCUGCAUCAUAGAAUCACAGAAUCAUUUCAGUUGGAAGAGACCCUCAGGAUGAUCAAGUCCAACCAUAAACUAACCAGCUCUAGCACUAACUGGUGUCCCUAAGAACCUCAUCUAAAUGCCUUUCUGAAUCUCCCUUCUUUUAGUUUUAAACCAUUAUCCUAUAGUUUUUAGUUUGAAGCCAUUAUCAUUGGUGGCUCAUGGCCAGUCUCUCAGCCCAGCACCCCAAGUCCUUCUCCUGGGGCUGCUCCCCAUCCCUGCAUCCCCAGCCUGGAUCGACACUGGACUUGCCCCGACCCAGGGGCAGGAACUUGCCCUUGGCCUUGUUGAACCUCAUGAUGUUCACAUGGCCCCACUGCUCCAGCUUGUCCAGAUCCCUCUGGGUGGAUCCCGUCCCUCAGGUGUGUCCCCUGCACCACUCAGCUUGGUGGCACUGUGAACUUGCUGCGGGUGCUCUCCAUCCCACUGUGUCAUUGAUGAAGAUAUUAAAUUGCUUUGGGGCUUUUAAGCCAGUCUGUGUGUUUUUAGGCAGGACUGGGAAGCUUUUAGGUAGGACUAAGCAAUGCACAAGCUCUUGCUGUGGUGUUCAAGUGCAGGGAGGGAAGGCUCGCUGGGUAUACUGGUUUUGACUGGGACGGGGUUGGUUUUCUUCAGAGCAUCCAGCACGGUGCUGGGCUCUCCAGCUGUGACCCUAGGGGUGCUGGGAGCACUGGGAUGGUGUCUCCAUCCCCAGGCCUGGGCCAGCUGGACCAGCUUUUCCUCGGGACUGUGUGAUGUGGUGAGCAACAGCCUUGCUUUAGUUUCUUUAUUUUCUUUCCUUCUUUUUCUACUUCUCAUUUAUUAAACCAUUUUUAUCCAGA